ACGGGCCUCGGAUUGAUUGGACAGACUGCAACCACGUGACCGCCCUCCGACUGGAGUUUCCACGACAGCUGGGAGCUGUGGUAUCCGGGCGCAUCGGUCAUUUUUUAAAAAUCGAAUUCUGUUCAUAUAUUAGUUUAAACAGAGUUUCAGCAAUAUGGGUGACAAAAAGAGUCCGACCAGGCCGAAGCGGCAAUCCAAGCCCUCCUCUGACGAGCGAUACUGGGACUGUAGCGUGUGUACAUUUAGGAACAGCGCCGAGGCAUUCAAGUGUAUGAUGUGCGAUGUCAGAAAGGGAACAUCAACGCGGAAGCCGCGGCCCGUCUCCCAGCUGGUGACGCAGCAGGUGACCCAGCAGUUCGCCUCCCCCACGCAACCAAAGAAAGACAAGAAGGACAAAACGGACAAAGAGAAAAACGACAAGGAGCCCACGGUCAAGAAGAACAGCCACAAGAAGAUGAGGCCGCGGUUGAAAAACGUGGACAGGAGCAGCGCGCAGCACCUGGAGGUGACGGUGGGCGACCUGACGGUCAUCAUCACGGACUUUAAGGAGAAGGCGAAGGCCGCGCCCGCCCCCGGCGGCGGCGGCGCCGCCCCGCCCGCCGACCAGCACAGCCAGAGCGGCUCCGGGUCCGACACCCCCGCCGAGCGGGCCGCCUCCCGCUCCUCGUCCCCCCGGGGGGAGGGCUCGUCCGUCAACGGGGAGUCCCACUGAGGCCCCGCCCCCCCCCCCUCGGCCACGCGCGGGAACGCGCACACGUCGUAGAACUUAUGCCAAGGCGCACCACGGAAACCCCUCCCGUAUUCAAGCAACCCCAUCCACCCCCCG